AUGACUACUCAAAUCUUCUCUCUACCAGAGUCUGAUCUUCGCCGUGCUGCUACUGAGUCCAAACGGGUUCGUGAUCAUAACGAAAAAUGGGCUCUGGGCUCCCGCGACCCCAAUUUCACUCCACUAGGCCAGAAGAUUGAGAAUCCUGCUUAUACCCGUAUUCGCCCUAUGCUAUCUCAGGGUAGCAGGGCUUGCAAGUCCCGUCGGCACCUUAACCAAUCCGACAUUAACAAAAGCUUCGCCGCUCAACGGGCCCAUUUCAGCUACAUCGUCGACCAAGUGCUUUACGACGACCACAACAUCUCAGACUCCUCUACGGACUCCGACCACGCACCUGAUCAUUCCGAAGCUGUGAAUGACCCAAACAUCUUCUACUCCUUCGACGCACCCACAGGCCCCAGUCAGGGCACGGAUAUCCUCAGCGCUGCCCUGGCAAAUGCCGUGAAGAAGUUCGAAAAGAAGGAGACCGAGAACCUGGCUCGUGAAUACGAGUUUGUUGCCAUCGAGGAAACUUCAAACAGCCAUGGCGACGGAUAUCUGGCUGAUGAUGAUUUUGAGUUCAUCAGCCGUGCGGACUUGUAA